GCGCAAACGCUACAUCCGUGUGGUGGUCAAGUUCUCUGGGAGUUAGCGGAGCUCAGGUUGGCGUAUCUUUUUUGUAGUCAUGUCGGCCUCAGUCAUGUCGGUCGUCUCGCGGUUCUUAGAAGAGUACUUGAGCACCACUCCUCAGCGUCUGAAGUUGCUGGACGCGUACCUCCUGUAUAUACUGCUGACUGGGGCGCUGCAGUUCGGUUAUUGUCUCCUCGUGGGGACCUUCCCCUUCAACUCUUUCCUCUCGGGCUUCAUCUCUUGUGUGGGGAGCUUCAUCCUAGCGGUUUGUCUGAGAAUACAGAUCAACCCACAGAACAAAGCGGAUUUCCAAGGCAUCUCCCCGGAGCGAGCCUUUGCUGAUUUUCUCUUUGCCAGCACCAUCCUGCACCUUGUUGUCAUGAACUUCGUUGGCUGACUCAUUCCUGCUUGCUUAAUUGAGGAGUGGGAGACUAUUAGAAUGUUCACUUUUUGAUUUCCCCUGGAGAAGAGCUCUGACAUGGCAGCCUGCUGGACACGUGGAUAUUCUUCAGAUUUACACUCACUGCCGGCUCUGACUCGGUGUGCUGGUGGGGAGCUUGCCAGCGAAGCUCCCUCACUUCCGGGUCAGGACGACUUUGUAACGAGCAUCUACUUACUGACCUCCCUCUCACUGUGUGAUCUUUCUGCCUUCCAAAUUAAACUCUGUGCCACUCCUUUCUA